GACACCGUGUCACAGUUCGACAGGAGUUAACAACGGCAACAACCAUGUUGGUAACACCUCCGAGGAAAUGUUUCCCGAAAACAAUCCGGGUAUUUCUCCUGUUGAUACUGAUGAUCUACUUGUCUACCAUGGUGAGGUGGUCGUCCAAGGAACUCCCCGCUUCUAAGAAACACGGUGCCCCUGGUAAAAUUAAGCACAUCGUCAAAGAGAAAAAGCCUGUCAAUCCACGAAGGUUUUCCUCCAUAAUUAAAGAUUUCGGCAUUUCCUUAUAUAAGGAUACAGAUCCAAAGCGUUUCCAUAUCAACGUCAACAGAACUCACAUGAUUUCAGUGAAUCGUGAGAAACCGGAGUAUCGUCCUCGUGAGUGCGCAUUUGAAAACUAUACUAUCAGGUUACUUCCGGUGGCGUCCAUUGUAAUACCACUCUAUAACGAACCAUGGUCCACAUUCGAGAGACUUAUAAACGGCAUUCUCAGGCACUCGCCCCGAUUGCUCAUACACGAAAUCAUUAUAAUAGACGAUAUGAGUGAUUUGGAACAUUUGGGAGCCCCCUUGGAUAAGUAUGUGGAACAGUUCGAUUUCAUACGGGUACACAGAGCACAUGAAAGACUGGGAACAAUGAAAUCUAGAGUCGUUGGUGCCAAGCUGGCCAAAGGGGACGUGGUUGUUUUUCUUGAUUCUCAUACUGAGGUUAACGUUGGAUGGUUGGAACCCUUAUUGUACGAAAUAAGCCAAAAUGACACGGCAAUCGUCCAGCCGUCCAUUGACAGCGUUCACCCACAAACGUUUGAAUACAGAAGUUACUUUCGGAACAAUAUACGGGGUCAUUUUAAAUGGAAUAUGGCGUUCGAAUUUGUUCCGGUUCCACCAAUGCAAAAAUCUGAAAUUGAAUCGCAACCAACUAAAGCAUUCGACACCCCUGCCAUUGUAGGCUGUGCAUUUGCAGUAAACCGGAAGUACUUUCUUGAUGUCGGGGGGAUGGACACGGGCAUGCGCACAUGGGGCGGGGAAGAUGUUGAGCUCUCCAUUAGAGUUUGGCUUUGUGGCGGAAGUAUGAAAAUAGCGCCAUGCUCUCACGUUGCCCACAUUUUCAAGAAAGGACACACGUUCAAAAUGGCUUACUCCGAUCUUGUUUACAACAAUAGACGAACAGCAGAGAUGUGGCUUGGGGAUUACAGGAAAUACUUCUAUUUUUUCAACAAUGGAUUUGCCAAACCGCCAGGGUCUUCAGAAAGGUUCGAUAUAAUGGAUACAGUCAAAAGGAAUUACAAAUGUAAAGACUUCAACUGGCUUCUGAAAAAUGUAUACCCGGAACUAGAAGUUCCACCGGAAGGAACUGUAUAUUUUGGACACAUGCGCAACACGGGUUCCCGAGAUUGUUUUGGGCCUGGAGAUUCUGCUGUUCUUAAUACAUACCCUUUACUAGUUUCGUGUGAUUGCUUCUUUUACUAUCAGGCCAGGAAUGUCGCCUUGCUGGAAAAUGGUGGUUUAAUGACGGUGGGGAAAUGCAUCAAAGUCGAAAAGGAUCUUUUAGUUGUGGCGCCGUGCACGGCUGAAAGUGGAAAGUGGGCCUUGAAAGGGAAGCUACUCGUGUAUACUGACGGUGUAAGUUCUAAAUGUGCCUCGCAAGUUUCUAAUGAAGUUGGUUUCGGGAAGCAGGAUGUCAUCAAACUCGUGUCAUGUGAAAAUAUCAACAAGAUGUUUAAGUGGGAAUUUCCUACCAAAUUGUUUAAAAGUCAGAAAAACAUAAAGUAAUAAAACUACAAAUGUAACAUGUGACUUGUUUAUUUU